AUGGCGCUUGACGGUGGCAUCGUGCUGAGCCACCACCUAGUAGAUCCUUGGUGGAGGUCUCUGCUGGGACUACUGUCAUUAGCUCUUUGUAUACAACCAGAGUAUAUACUGAUCAGCAACUCUAUAACAUGGAAUGCUGCACAGAAUUACUGCAGGACAAACCAUUUUGACCUGGCCACGGUUCAGAGUAACGAAAACUGGACACGUCUGCAAGAAGCAGCAAGUGAACAGUCCUUUUCUGGCUAUGCCUGGGUUGGACUGUACAACGACAUCAACAGCUGGCACUGGUCCUACAAUAACGAGAGUGUGGUGUUCAAGUCCUGGGCUGUAGAAAGUGCAAACACAAAAUUUUUGAUCAAGAUCCAAAAGACAUGGGCUGAUGCUCAGAAGUACUGCAGAGAUCAUUAUACAGACCUGGUUACCAUUAGGAGUCAAGCCGACCAAGACGAGAUAAACAGCUUGAUAAUUACUUUACCAGAUCCCGUCUGGAUCGGACUGUACAGAAACCUUUGGGCGUGGUCAGACGGGUCUAAUGUCACUUCCUCAACAGUAAACGCUACUCAGGGAUUUACUCGGUGGAAUGAAGACUGUGUUGCUGCUAAUAAUCUUUACAAGAAAUUUGAUGACAGAUUCUGCACGUCACCUCACUACUUCUACUGUAACACUGUGAAGAAGAACAGGCAGGUGAUCCGAGUGCAGGUGAAAGGUGCUGAGAACAUGGAUGAAGCUAAACUGAAGACACUCGUCUUAAACAAGUUACAGCAGACGCUGAGAGAUGAGGACGUCACAGUGAUGUGGAGGACACAACCCAACGGGAAAGUCUUCCAGGAGAUCAACACUGUGCAGAACUAUAUUAAACCUAUUUGUGCUUUUGGGUUAAAAUGA